CCCAGCGGGGGGUUCUGCACCGCCGGCGUCCAGACCGAGGCGGGCGUCGCCGACUUGUGCUGGGUGGCUGACAGGGGCAUCCUGGUGGCCUCCGACUCCGGCGCUGUGGAGCUAUGGGAGCUGGACGAAAACGAAACACUCAUCGUCAACAAGUUCUGUAAAUACGAGCAUGACGACAUCGUGAUGACGGUGGCCGUCCUGGCCGGCAGCACCCAGGCCGUCAGCGGCGGCAGGGACUUCUGCGUGAAGGUCUGGGACCUCCCACAGCAAACGGUGCUGCACUCCUACAGAGCUCACUCCGGUUCAGUGACAUGUGUGGCUUCCUGUCCUGGUAAGGACACUGUGUUCCUGUCCUGUGCUGAGGACAGCAGAACUCUACUCUGGGACACCAGAUGCCCCAAACCAGCUACUCGAAUUGUUUGCAGUGCCUGUAAUCACCUCCCUACCUCAGUCAUGUGGCAUCCACAGAAAAGUGACAUCUUUGCUUUGGGUGAUGAAAAUGGAACAGUUGCACUAGUAGACACAAAGAAUCCUGAUUCCGCCCUCAGCUCCACUGUGCAUGCCCGAAGUAUCACGGGGUUUGCAUUUUCUACACAUAGUUCACCCUUACUGGCUUCAAUCAGUGAAGACUGUUCAGUAGCUGUUCUUGACUCAGACCUCUCAGAGGUGUUCAGAAACCGUUCUCAUCGAGACUUUGUAAAAGGCUUAUCGUGGUCUCCUUCAGACAAUGCCUUGCUCACUACGGUUGGAUGGGAUCAUCAGGUUUUACAUCACACUGUCCCCAUACCAACUGGUGAAGGUUCUGGAGUCAACUGUGUAAAAGAAUAGUUUUCUAAACUCACGGUCCAAAUUCCUUCCUGGCAUUACUUUGAUUCUGCUGAAGUCAAAGGAGUGUGUGAACUGGAGCGGGUGUGGUCUGUUAUCUGCCUUGAAGCUUGUGACUAAGAAGGUUCCUGUAGUAGUUUUGAAUUAGACAUAAGUUAGUUACAAACCAAGCUUUACCCUCUCCUCAGGAGCUGGCUUCACCUGUGAUAAGACUUCAGUAUUUUACCCAGAAAAAAAUUGACUUCAGGCACAGAGGAGACUUGGAGAGAUGGGGCAUUAGGUAUAAUUUAAAAAAAAAA